AUGCUUGAGCAUGCCAUUCAUCUAUUCCAAACAGGGGAGGUGCAAGUUGACAAUCAGAUCAGCUCUUGCAGUAUGAAGGCAACAGCAAAAACUCCACUCAAGCUCAACAAGGUGUCCAGGAAGGAAUCAUUGAGCACACUAGCAUUCUCCAAACAGAAUUGGGGCAUGAGCACUCACAACUAUUUCACAUCAAUUUCUAAAUGUGAUGAUGCUGCACUGAGUGAGAUCAUUGCAAUGGCUCAAGCCCUCAUCAUGCCCUCAUUGGAGAUGUCACUGGAUGAUGGCAGUUUUCAUGGUAACCUGAUGGAUGAUGAGUUUUAUCUUUCUGAUGGACUCAGACUGAACAUCCCCCAAUUGCAAUCUUCUACAUUGUGUGGCAUAGAAAUCAUUCCAUACAUAUUCUGCAUGCUCUCCUACCCUGCCUUUGCACCCUCAAACUUCACUCAUUAG